GUGCGUUUGCACGGUUCUCCUGAGGCCGUGGCAGCCAUGGCGUCAGAGCCCAGCACCCAGUCCAGGGUGAUGUUUCAGACAACAGACAAAUCAGAUGAGCCGGCGAACCGCAAGCUGGGAAAACUGACAGUCAAAUACAACCGCAAGGACCUGCAAAGGAGGCUGGACAUCGAGGAAUGGAUCGAUGGUCAACUGCACCUGCUGUUUGACUGUGAGGAGUUGUUGCAGGAAUGCGGGAAACCAAAAGAGGAUUUUAUUAACGGGCUGCUGUACAGGAUAAAAGGUCUACGCAAAAUGUCCGGGUCCUUGAAGAAAUAAAAGGUCAAACUAAGAGAGGACACGGAGCAUCUGAACGUCUCUGAGGUGCCGGCGACACGUGUGGUUCUUUUCUUGUGGAACCUCUGGUUGCUCCCGUUUCUGCUUCAGCAGCCGUCGAGUUUUAAAUGCAAUUAUGAUGAUUAUUU